AUGUUUGUAGCUCUUAUUCUUUGUUUGGUCGGUAUUGCAGUCGCACAACGACCGAUUCCAUGUACUACUCCACCACAAUGGGAAGCACGUAUAUUUGAUAUGAACGAGCAACAAAAAUUCGCAUUGGAAGGAAGAUUAAGUUAUGAUGCUACUUAUCAUCGUGAACGUCUUGUUGACGAAAUCGAUGAAGCUAGUCAAGAAGAUUUUUUUGACACGAUCGCCCUUUUUGAUUCAAAAAUUGAAUUUGUUUAUAAUUUUAAAGCUCGUAAUUGUACACGUCGAGAAUUAACUCGACCAUGGCGUGAUUUUGGUAUUCGUCCAACUGAUACAUCAUAUGGUGAAGCUUACAUUGGCUCAUCGAUUUUUCCUGAUACAGGUGUAUUAGUUACAAUCUGGGCUGGCAAUUUCACAUUACCAUCAAAUGAUACAAUUGAUUAUAUUUCCACAUGGACUUAUCGAGGAUGCCUUCCAGUUUCUCGAACAAGUUUCAGUCAAAAAUUUGGCACUUCACACUUAUCAUUUUAUGAUAUAACAGUUGGCAUCAGGGAUCCGAAUGUAUUUAUUCCACGACGAGAAUGUCUUACGAGUGAAGAAUGGGAUAUGCGACACACUCUCUUCGGUACACCAACAAAAAACAACAUUUAA